AUGCCGGUCGAACGCUCACCAAUGCGAGGCCGCUCACCUGUGAUCCAGACUCGUAGUCAGGGUCCUGCGGAGGACGUCAAAGUCCCUCCCGCAACACGCCCAAGGCGUUCAGGGACCACUUCCGUCGAACCGGAAGCCCCUAACUUGGCCACGAUGGCCUCUGAAGUGGCAGCGUUAAAAGAAGACAUUGCCCGCUCGACUGCUGCAACGCAGUUGGCAACUCAAAACCUUACGGAACAGCUUCAUAGGCUUUCCGAACGUCAGACAGCGGCGGAUGAGCGCCUCGCACGAGCCUUAGAAGCCCUAGCGCAUUGCCCGCUGCCUGAACAACCUCCCAUAGCACGAGCUACAAGAGAACGGUCCGCAACCCCGUGGGAAACGGCGGACACACCAAGGGAGCAUACCGAACCAAGUUUUUCAGGUGCGGUGCCUCCAAUCCAAGUGCCAGCGGCCCCGUGGGCCAGCGACACCAAGGUCGAUUCCUUGAAAGCAAAGGACGUACCCGAGUUUAUGGGCAGAAGAAACCAAGACGUUGAAGAAUGGCUUAACAAAGUCCAACUUCUUCAAAACGUUAGCGCAACGUCGGAUGCCAGGAUGGUACAGCUCCUACCAGCCAUGAUAGCCGAGAAAACCCCUGCUGACGCUUGGUUUUACACUCUGGAAGCCCAGGAAACUCGCUCAUGGACCUGGAAAAGGUGGAAGGAAGAACUGCUUCGAGAGUUCCGAGACCCCCUAACUGAGUCCAAGUGCAAAACUGAAUAUGUGCACUGCCAUGUGAACCCCAAAGAAUUUCGCAGCUUUCUUGCAUUCAUUGACCACAAAACUCAUCUCCGGCACCUCACAUAUGGUGACUGGGCAAACAUAGAAUGUCCCGCUGACCAGCAUUUCGACCUAAUAGUCGAACAAUUGCCCAGCGACAUCCAAAUCAUGGUCAAAUCCUGUAACAUCAUGAACCUGACCAAAUUAAAAGACUUCCUCGGUGCCACAGAAGCUCAGAAGAAGUCACAAAAGACCAGAACCAACAAAGGCCCUAAGCAGAUGGCUCAACAUAAAACCAGAAACCCCGAAAAGGGUCACAAUGGUCUUCAGAAGAUGGUUCUGGACCCCAACAAGGAACCACUGGCACCCUGCAAAUUCUGUCAGAAAAAGCAUUGGAAUGUUUUCUGCUGGCAGAACCCGAACCGAAAAGAUCCUGAAGAUGGAAAGAAGGGACCAUAUGGAGAACCCAUGCCCGCAGGUUGGAAACCCAAACAGGAGUCCAAGAAGUCUUACAUAGUGGAGCUGGACUUGACGUCCGCUACCACUGAGACUCUUUUUUUGGCUUUGGAACUGGAAAGGACAGCCGCCGCUAAUCAAGGAUUCCACACCAUUGGAUUCUUUCAUUCACCCAAGCACUUGGAAUCAACAAUUUUGAUGACCGCACCUCUUUCCGAGGUCACAGAGACUAAGGAAGAGGACCCCUGCAUGCCCACACAGGGCUGGGACCGAGUCUGGGACAAAAUAGCCAUCAUCUGGGGCACCCUGCAAGUGGCUCUGAUGAUGGGCAACAACCCCCGUGUGCUCAGCUUCUUUGCCAAAGAACCGAAGCGAGGCACCAGGCACCUCGGGAACAACCCCUAUGCAGUCGCAUGGAGUUCCCACCACCUCUACAUCACUGCCACAGCUGAAGCUAACAAGGAUCGAAUCCUGCGAAAGGUCUGA